GAGUGCAGAGGCCCUUCGUUUUGCUUCUCCUCGCUUGAGAGAUGAUUAUGAGUUCAUGGCGAAGGCGGUAGAAUUGGAUGGCCGCAGUUUGCACUAUGCAAGUUCCAGGUUGCAGGCCGACCGAACUCUGCUAUUGGAGGCUACGAAACGCAGCAGUUGGGCCAUUGAUUGUGCGCCUCAGGCGUUACGUGACGACGAAAAUUUCAAAGAGGAGGUGCUGGCGGUGAACCCACUGGCGCGUCGUUUCUUUGGCGGCUACAAGGCAACAGACUCUUCCAAUGAGGAAAUCACCAAGGAAGCGAGUCGCCCACAGCGACACGACAUCAUCGGCCGCUGGCGCUAUGAGGACGACGUCGAAAGCGACGAUUCCGCCGAGGAUGACUUCGUGGUGGAAUUUCUGGAGGCCGACCCGGCGGACGCCACGGCCCUCUCUGUGCGGUUCCUCCUGGCAGAUGCCAUGACCUCAGCGAACUGCAGGGCCACGUUGGAAGGCCGCCGGCUACGGAUCGAGGAGCGCGAGGGAGAGACCCUCAACAUUUACGAAGCCAUGAUCGAUGAGGUGCCAACAGUGAUUGAGGGCCGCUUCUGGUGCCAAAGCUCUGGUGAAGGCAAUAGCUUUCAAGAAGGCGCCGCCGGCUGCUUCUCUUUGUAUCGCCUGGCCGAAAAAUGCCGCGACAGCUUGCUGUGGCACUGUUGGGACCUGUUUUUUUUCUCGAUUUUCAAAAGGCCAUGGAUGUACAAGUCCUCGCGCACUUUGGUGGUGGCCAUAACCACCGAAGGCAAAGCUUCGCGAUGGCCCGCGGCACUCCAGCUGCUCGAUUCUGCCGAAGGCAGAGACGUCUUCGCUGUAAGCGCUGCCAUAGGCGCUUGUGGCAGAGGCGACGCAUGGCACGUCAGCUUGUGGUUGCUGAGCAACUUGAAGAACCAGGUUCAGCGUCCAGAAAGUUCAGAGGAUUGGAGUCACAUCUAUGGAGGCGCUGUGACAGCCGUGGGGCGCAGGUGGGACAUCGCACUAGAAUUGCUGGAGCAGAUGGCCAAAGAAGCCGUGCGGCGGAAUGUGAUCAUUUACAGCAGCCUGAUGAGUUCAUGCUGCCGGCAACAGCAGUGGACUGUUGCUUUGGAUCUCUUCAAAGAGGUGCGCGAUGGUGGCAUCCAGUUGGAUGCGAUGAGCUACGGCGCGGCCGUGUUCGCUUGCGAAAAGGGUCAACAGUGGACCGGGGCUCUCUCCGUGUUAGAUGACAUGCAUCAGCAGCAGCUGCUUCCAAACGUCAUUACUUGCAACGCAGCCAUCGCUGCCUGUGGUGGAGCGUGGCUCCAUGCUUUGCAGCUGCUGAACAAACUUGGCGCCAACGCGGACCAAGUGUCCUUGGAAAGUGCUAUCGCAGCGUGUGGGAAAGCUGAGGCUUGGCAGAGUUGCUGGUUGCUGCUUGAGGACAUGCAGGUGCGGCACUUUCCGUUGAGCCCAGUAGCUUUUGGGGCGGCGAUCAAUGGCCAGGAGGGGCACUGGCAACACGCCUUGGCUCUGCUUGAGACCAUGGGGGCGAAGAAGGUGCGUAGCAAUGUGAUCAUCUACUCUUCUUUGUGUCGCGUUUGUGUUUCAGCCUUCGAAUGGUCACGGGCGUUGUACCUCUUCGAGGAAAUGCGGUGCAGUGCAGUGGAUGAUGGCAAUGUGGUAGCGUUCAGCACUGCCAUCGCAGCAUGUGAGAAGGGCGGCAAAUGGGAAAUGGUCGUGGAGCUACUGGAGCAGAUGACCACGCAGCAGCUACAGCCGAACAGCGUCACGUUGAGCAGCGUGAUUGCAGCAAUGAAUCGCGAAGGCAACUGGGAAUUGGCCCUGCUGUUGCAACACGACUUGAGGACCUCUCAGCUAGAGGCGAACGUUGCAGUUUUCAAUGCUGCCAUUGAUGCCUGUGGUGAGGGAUUCCAGUGGCGCUUGGUGUGUGCUUUGCUACAGGAGAUGUGCGAUUCACAUCUUCAGAUGGAUGUCAUUAGCGUCAGCGCUGCCAUGUCUGCCAUGGAACAGGGGCUGCAGUGGCAGAGAGCCUUAGGACUUCUGCAUGACUUGUUGAAGUCCCAGAUGCAAGGAGAUGCUUUGUGCCUGAAUGCAGCUAUCAACGCGUGUAAAAAGGAAAGUCAAUGGCGGCAGGCGCUGUACCUGAUGCAACAUAUGGAGAAGCUGGUGGGCUGCCCGCCAGAUGAGAAGAGCUUCGGAGCUGUUGCCUCUGCCUGUGAGCGUUCCUCCGCCUGGCAGAGCGUCUUAGAGAUUUUGGAGGUGUCGAGCCGACUUCCUGGAGGUCCAGGCCUGUAUGCCCUGCGCUCGGCUGCUCGGGUAGCGGGCAUCCAGCAGCAGCUGGACUUUGGCUCUGCGAACGAGCGCGAACGAGUGCUGCGAACCUGCGAAGCUGCGAAGCCCAGACAUCUACCAUCAACUUAUAUCAACUUCGUGAGUCGAUGGGCGUCUCGACCAGUUCAGGUGCACCUGAAGGGCCCUGAAGGGCCCUUCAGCAUGGAAUACCCGGCCGAUGCGCUGCAGACCCCUGGGCCUGUACUGUAG